CUUACUUUGCGGAAGUGAGAGCAGAAACAAACAUGGGCAGAUCUUGAGCAGAGUCCUGCAAGGAUGGUGCGUUAUUUUGCGUUGUUAUUCGUAUUUUGUUGUGUGAACAGAGCGUCGUGUCUUCACGGUUCAUGCGGGACUCAGCCGGAACCCGCCGCCCCGCAGGGAGCCGCGGGCUGCGGCUGUGAGAACCUGCAGAGAGCCGCCGCUGCGGGGCCUGUGGAGGACAGGGCUGCUUCUGCAGAGCCAGUUGACAAAUACUCAAGAGGCGCCAAUGAGAGGCCUCUCGAGGCUCAGGGAGAUGAGAAAAAAACACAAAGUCAGAUGGUGCUGAUUGCUGGAGGAGAGUUCCUGAUGGGAACAGACAACCCAGGCAUCCCUGCAGAUGGCGAGGGCCCUCAGAGGCUGGUGCAUGUGGACUCUUUCUACAUGGACAUCCAGGAAGUCACUAACAAGCAGUUCCAGAGCUUCGUCAAUGCCACGGGAUAUAUUACUGAGGCAGAGAAAUUCGGAGACUCAUUUGUAUUCGAGGGAAUUUUGAGUGAGAGUGUCAAAAACCAAAUCACCCAAGCAGUGGCUGCUGCCCCCUGGUGGCUUCCAGUCACAGGGGCCAACUGGAGACACCCUUACGGCCCAGACUCCAGUGUCACAGACAGACUGGACCAUCCUGUUCUACAUGUGUCCUGGUCAGAUGCUGUCGCCUACUGCUCCUGGGCCAACAGGAGACUUCCUACAGAGGCAGAGUGGGAGUAUGCGUGCAGGGGCGGCCUUAAAGACAGACUUUACCCCUGGGGAAACAAUUUGAACCCGAAAGGACAACACUACGCCAACCUCUGGCAGGGGGAUUUCCCCAACUAUAACUCUGGAGAAGAUGGAUACAUCAAAACAUCACCGGUGAUGUCCUUUCCUGCCAAUGGUUUUGGUCUGUUUGACAUGGUAGGGAAUGCAUGGGAAUGGACCUCAGACUGGUGGACUGUGCAUCACACCACAGACCAGCAACACAACCCAACGGGUCCACCAUCGGGCACAGACAAGGUGAAGAAGGGAGGGUCAUACAUGUGCCACAAGUCUUACUGUUACAGAUACCGAUGUGCAGCCCGAAGCCAGAACACUCCGGACAGCUCAGCCUCUAAUCUUGGUUUUCGCUGUGUCUCUCAGGAGCAACGGUGACCUGAGCCUCUUGUCUUAAAACACCUUCCUUCCAGCUGCUCUCUAACCUCAGUGGUGUUUGUAGAGUUAAACCAAUGAAAGGGAUUUAAUAGAGGCUAUCUUAUGUGCCAUCUCAUUAACAUGCAUCUGAAGAUGGUGUUUAAAAAAAGACGGUGGGCUUCAAAGUGUGAUGACAAUGUCUUACCUUCCUCAGAAAUGUAAAAUUUUAUAACUUUCUAUUUUUUUAACACUUUAUAUUCAUAAGAAAUUAAUAGAUUAGAUGGUUGUGAAGUGGCUAAGAUCAGUGUGGUCUUGUAAAUGUCAAAAAGAUCUUUGACAGAUUGUCGUUAUCAUCAAAUGAUUAAGAUAAAGACUGAAAAUCUAUGUAAACUAUAUAUGUAUAAUGAUGCUGUAGAAUUGCUGUAAAAUUAAUUUCAAGUAUUGUAUUACAUUUUUUUCACUGAAAAAUCUGUGACAAAUGGGAUCCUAAAUUAAAAAAACGUUUUUGGUCUUAA